AUGUCCAAACACCGACUCGAAGAUACCGAAGUCGAGGUAGAGGCGACAACCCCUCGCAAGAAGUCCAAGAAGGACAAAAAAGAGAAGAAGGAAAAGAAAGACAAGUUGCGCGAAAACGAGUCCGAAGUAUUGCCGGCAGUAGAGACCGAGGAAGCAGCAGUGCCCGAGGCGGAGGAAGCGCCGAAGGUGAAAAAGUCCAAGAAGGAUAAGAAAGACAAGAAAGAAAAGAAGGACAAGGUCAAAGCCGGCGACGAAGAGGAGGUAAUGGUUGAGGCAGACAGCAAGCCCAAGAAAGACAAGAAGGAUAAGAAGGACAAGAAGAAGAAGCGCAAGCCGGAAGAUGCAGAGGCAGAUGCAGGCGAAGAUGUCGACAUGACUGGCACGACCAAUGGUCACACCAAAGAUCAGGUCACGAAUUGCACGAAUGGCGCUGCCGCCCCUUCGUCUCUUACCACCUCGCCACAGAUCUACGAGCAGACAACCGAGCUUGCGACAGUACCGGAAACCGAGAUCGCGAUGUUCCUGACCACCCAUGAGAUCGUCAUAACCGACCCUCUCUCCGAGAAGACUCUCCGACCCAUCAUGCAAUUCUCCCACCUGCCGUCCUCGUCGCUCAUUGCGAAGAAGCCAUUCGCCGCCUUCAAGGCCCCUACACCGAUCCAAGCCGCGUCUUGGCCAUUUGGACUGUCGGGUCGAGAUAUCGUCGGAGUGGCAGAGACAGGAUCGGGCAAGACCAUCGCGUUCGGCCUGCCUCUGGUCAACGCUGUGCUGGGCAUGCCAAAAGCCAAGGGGAGCGGGAGGAUACGCGCUGUUGUGGUAUCACCAACCCGUGAACUGGCGAUGCAAACCAACGAGCAACUGUCCAAGCUUGGCGACACUGUUGGCCUGAGGACUGUCUGUGUUUACGGCGGAGCAUCCAAGGACGACCAGCGGAAUCUCCUACGCAAGGGCGACAUCAUUGUCGCAACUCCUGGACGCUUAAAGGAUUUCUUGGAGGAGGGCGCUCUCAAGCUAGAUGGGGCCAAAUUCGUGGUCCUGGAUGAGGCAGAUCGCAUGCUGGACAAGGGGUUCGAAGACGACAUCAAGAGAAUCCUCGGCUGCACACCCAAUAAAGGAGACCGUCAGACGCUCAUGUUCACCGCGACCUGGCCCCAGAGCGUGCAGGCUCUCGCGUCGACAUUCAUGGUGUCGCCCGUCAAGAUUCAGAUUGGUGGCAACGAAAGCGGCGAUCUCCAAGCGAACACGAGGAUCGAGCAGAAGGUCGAGGUCGUGGACCAGUGGGCGAAGGAGGGCAGAUUAUUAGAAUUGCUCAGAGCUCAACCCAAGAACGAACGUGUCCUGGUAUUCUGCCUGUACAAGAAAGAGGCCACGCGAGUAGAAGGUUUCCUGAACCAACGUGGUAUCAAGGUCGCAGCCAUUCACGGCGAUCUGAGACAGGAGCAACGCACCCGGAGUCUGGAAGCAUUCAAGAAGGGAGAAACACUUGUCUUGGUUGCAACUGAUGUGGCAGCUCGAGGAUUGGAUAUUCCCGAAGUGAAGCUUGUGAUCAAUCUGACUUUCCCUCUCACCAUUGAAGACUAUGUUCACCGUAUCGGUCGUACCGGUCGAGCGGGCAAGGUUGGCCACGCCAUCACUUUGUUCACCGAACUUGACAAGCCACACUCUGGAGAGUUGAUCAACAUUCUCAAAGCCGCUGGACAGCCAGUUCCGGAAGAGCUCAUGAAGUUUGGUACCACUGUCAAGAAGAAGGCCCACGGUACCUAUGGAGCAUUCUUCAAGGACGUGGACAUGUCGAAGAAGGGUACCAAGAUCACAUUUGAUGAUUGA